UUGGAGUUUGGUCCACGAUAGUGGUUUCUGGAAAAGAUCUGAAUGGUUUUCUAACCAAAGCCAGCUGCGGGCUGUGCAUGUGUGUGUGUGUGUGUGAAGAGGAAGAGGAGGGGGCAUCUUGUCUUUCCACCACAGAGGGAGGGAGAAAAAUUUUGGGGGCUUUUUCUUUCCCUUUUUACUUUUUUUAAGCAUGGACGCAGAGACGUGCGUGUCAUACAGUGACAUGACAUCCAUGGAUUCAUAUUUUAGCCCCUCUGCAGCGCAAAGUCGGGAUCAGCGCACGGAUCACUUUAGGACGCUGCCAGCCGCUGACACCAAAUACAGCCCCGCCGCCUUCCUCAACAAAGGUCACCCUUACGGAGAAAAGUCCCGGAGUCCCUUCCAGCAGGAGUGCCACUCAUUGGAUGCCGCCGCAGUUGGGCAAGGCACUUUCAGCAAAUAUCAGCUGUUCGUGCAGCGGGCUUCGUGCAAAACACCGCCAGAGGAGAGGAAAGCACAGCAGGACAGCGGCCACAACGGAGCGCGCAUCCCGGGAUUUGGUGUGGUUUCAGAAUCGAAGGGCAAAUGGAGGAAGCGGGAGCGUUUUGGUCAGAUGCAGCAGGUCCGAACACAUUUCUCCACAGCCUACGAGCUUCCGCUGCUGGCCCGCCCUGAGAACUACGCACAGGUACAAAACCCCAGUUGGACUCCAUUAGCCGGCCGCAGUGCAGCAUCUCCUGUGAGGGUUGUGUCGUGCCCCUGUGACCCGGUGACACCCUGUAUGACCCCUCACUCCCACUCAGCCGCUGGCGUGGUGGUGUAGAUUCCUGGGGAUGCCAAGCCCGGAGGCCAUGUGGGACAGGCUCACAUGGGCAACCUGUUGGAGGAUCUCCUAGCCAUCAACACAUACGAUCUAACCUGGACCCGGGACCGCAAGUCUUCCAGCAUUGCAUCGCUGCGCAUGAAGGCCAAAGAGCACAGUGCAGCCAUAUCUUGGGCUACAUGA